GCGCUGCGAUCUGUUGCGCCGCCUUCGGGAGCCGGCAGAUCCGGGUCUCGUGGCUAAGAGUGACGUGGGCCAUCGAAUCCAAACAGAGGGGAGGAGGCCGGCGGCCAGCAAGCAGCGGCAGCGACAGCGGCGUCCGGAACGCUCCCGGCUGCCACCCUCCCUGCCCGCCGCUUGCUUGGGCGGAUUUAAAUAGUUGAGUAAAAUCAAGCUGCAUAACCAUGGCUGAAGGUGGAUUUGAUCCCUGUGAAUGUGUUUGCUCCCAUGAACAUGCGAUGAGAAGACUGAUCAAUCUGCUCCGGCAGUCGCAGUCCUACUGCACGGACACAGAGUGCCUCCGGGAGUUGCCAGGACCCUCCAGUGACAACGGCAUCAGUAUCACUGUGAUCCUGAUGGCCUGGAUGGCGAUCGCAGUGCUCUUGUUCUUACUGAGGCCACCUAAUCUUAGAGGCUCCAGCCUCCCUGGAAAGCCCUCCAGUCCGCACAGUGGACAGGACCCACCCGCCCCUCCUGUGGACUAACGUUAAGAUGCGUGGGAAGCAGAGGCUGUUGAACACCUUGCACGACCAAAUGACUGAAGAUGACCAGAGUACUCUUAACUGUUUUUCCUUUUUCCUCUGCAGUUUGGGAUGGUAUUGUUUUCAUGAGCUUCUAGAAAUUUCACUUGCAAACUGACUUUUGCUUCCUGUGUUGCGACAGUUUUUAUUCACAGUAUACCUGAGUAAAUGAUUCUACUGCAGAGUUCUCGGGGCGUUGUUGGGUGGCCUGAGCUUAAACACGUCACUUGCUCGCCCUGGAACCGUGAUCGUAAUGUCUGUGGUGGUCUCUGGCCCAACUGAAGGAAAAUUGAGAUUUCUGCAUUUAAAUAUUUUAAGUGGUUUUGAUAGAUUUUAAUUCUUUUCGUAAGGUAUUUAUUUCGGGUUGUCUGUUAUGAGUGGCAGAGCCACACCGUAGUUACUUUACCUUGGCAGUGUGUUUGGGGGGGACAGUUUUCUCUAGUCUUAGGGACAGUCAGAGCUUAGAUCAC